AUGUAUUUGUCAAGAUUCCUGUCACUUCACGCCCUCUGGGUUACUGUAUCCUCUGUGAUGCAGCACUACCCUUCCGUGUGGGGACACUAUGACGUGUGUAAGACUCAGAUUUAUACAGAAGAAGGGAAAGUAUGGGAUUACAUGGCCUGCCAGCCAGAAGCCAGAGACAUGAUCAAAUACGUAAAAGUGACUCUAGAUCCCCCGGACAUAACAUGUGGAGAUCCUCCUGAGACUUUCUGUGCAAUGGGGAAUCCCUACAUGUGCAAUAAUGAAUGUGAUGCGAGUACCCAAGAACUGGCUCAUCCUCCAGAACUGAUGUUCGACCUCGAAGGAAGACAUCCCUCCACAUUUUGGCAGUCCACGACUUGGAAGGAUUAUCCAAAGCCUCUUCAUGUGAAUAUUACGCUCUCUUGGAACAAAACCAUUGAGCUUACAGAUAACAUAGUUAUCACUUUUGAAUCUGGCCGUCCAGACCAAAUGAUUCUGGAGAAAUCACUCGACUAUGGACGAACAUGGCAGCCCUACCAAUACUACGCCACGGACUGCUUAGAUGCUUUCCACAUGGAUCCAAAAUCAGUGAGGGAUUUAUCACAGCACACAGUCCUAGAAAUUAUUUGCACAGAGGAAUACUCUACUGGGUACAUGACAAAUAGUAAAAUAAUCCACUUUGAAAUCAAAGAUAGAUUUGCUUUUUUUGCUGGACCUCGGCUUCAUAACAUGGCUUCUCUUUAUGGCCAGCUUGACACAACCAAGAAGUUAAGAGAUUUCUUUACUAUCACGGAUCUGAGGAUAAGACUGCUUAGGCCAGCAACUGGAGAAAUAUACGUAGAUGAGCAACACCUGGCACGCUACUUUUAUGCAAUUUCAGACAUAAGGGUAUACGGAAGGUAAGAGAAUAUAUACCUUUAG